GGAUGGAGCUACAAGAGUGCAAACACAAAGUUCCCUCAGUCGAACGCUGAGCACCUCCAGAGAAUUCCCUAAGCAGGACGGACCCAAGCAGCCGCAACAAUGAGUCGCAGCCCAGAGAGGAUGUCGUCCUACCGACGCCACUUUGAGGACAUCAGCAGCUCGUCUUCCUACAUGGUUAGGGUUUCCAGCCCGUCCCCAACACGAAGAGAUGUCCGUCACCAGUCAGCCAGCUACCCUCGUAGUGACCGAGCUAGCAGCAUGCGGGCCGAGACCUUGGGCCGAAGGACUCUCUCCACCUCCCGCACCUCCCGUAUGGCUGGCGGGAAUGCAGGAAUCGUGGCAUGUGUGGGCUACGGUAAUGGGACCCCGAUCGACCUGGAUGCAUCUGCUGCGGAGAACAAAGAAUUCCUCAGUACGCGCAGCAGUGAGCGGCAGGAGAUGAUCAUACUCAACGACAGACUUGCUGUUUACAUUGAGAAGGUUCGGUCCCUGGAGCAGCAGAACAAGCUCUUGGAGACAGAGAUUGAAGCCAUCCAAAACCGGUUUGUGAAGCCAUCAGGCCUGCGUAAGCUGUAUGAGGAGCAGCUGAGAGAUCUGAAAAAGAUUGCGGAGCAGAUGAGAAUCAAGCGGGACCAAGCCAUAGCUGGGAAAGAAGGCAUGGCAGGCCAACUGGAGAUGAUCAAAGUGAAAUACGAGGAGGCAGUUGAACUGAGGAGACAGGCCGAGAUGGAGAUUGAAGCAUUCCGCCCAGAUGUGGACAGAGCUACCUCUCAGAGGAUCGCCCUGGAGAAACAGCUCGAGCAGUUGGAGGUGGAGAUUGAAUUCCUAAGGAGGGUGCACAAAGCGGAAAUUGAAGAGCUGCUGAAAAUGAUCUAUGCCGCACAUGCCACAGCCCAGAGUGCCUAUGACCUCCCUGACCUCUCAAGUGCUCUCAAACAAAUCCAAGCACAGUAUGAUGACAUCGCCGCAAAAAAUUUAAAGGAAAUGGAUACCUGGUAUAAAAGUAAGUUUGAAGACCUGAACAAUAAGACAACAAAACACGUGGACAUGGUUCGAAAUGUAAGGGAAGAAGUUACUGCAGCUAAAAAGGAUAUCCUAAAUAAAGAGCGUGGCCUGGAUGCUCUAAAGACCAGAAAUGAGGCACUGGAAACACAGAUUCGUGAAGCACAGGAAAAGUAUAAGAAAGAGCUGGAGGACCUUCAGGAAAGGAUUGAAGCCUUGAAAGAGGAGCUGAAAUCCACCAAAUCCAAAAUCGCUUUGCAUCUGCGUGAGUACCAGGACCUCCUGAACAUGAAGAUGGCACUGGAGAUUGAAAUCACAACUUACAGAAAGCUGAUUGAGGGGGAGGACUUGCGCCUCGCCACCAUGGUUGGGUCCAUGUCAAUCAUAAGUAGCAGUUUGAGCUCCAUGAGUGCUGGGAUGAGCGUGGGCAUGGCUGGAGCCAUGGGACCUGGACGCAAUGGUGGAGGAACGGGUGGAGCAGGAGGCAUGGGUAGAGGAAUGGGUUCUGGUGGAGCUGGUGUAGGUGGGCGGAUGGGUGCUGGAUUCGGGGGUGGAGCUGGUGCUGGUGGCCUAGGAGCUGGAAGCACAGGGCCUGGAGGAAUAGGUGCAGAAGGUAGCGGUGUUAAAGGCUUGAGUGCUAGUGGUGAUAUUAGUGGGGGAAUUGGUGGAAGAAUGGGUGGAGGGAGUGGUGCUGGAGCCAUGGGUGUUGCCGGCACUGGGGUUGGAAGCAUGGGUGUGGGAGUAAAGGGGGAUCGGGGAAUGGGAGGAGGCAUGGGUGCUGGAGCCAUGGGCGGAGGAACGGGUGCUGGUGGCAUGGGUGGAGGAAUUGGAAGCGGUGUUGGUGAAUAUGGAUACGGUGCCGCCAAGGACUAUUCCCACCAGGAGCAGGCAGUCGAAAUGACAGAAAGGAGGACCGUGCUUAUCAGAACAGUUAAAGCAGAAGACGAGACAAUGGAAAGUGACACCAAAGAGCAAACCUACAUAAUCUCUGGCGCUGCUGACGACUCGGACGAGGAGUAGGCGUCAAUGGCCAUGACCUCUUUUCACCCCUUAAACCCUUACGCCCCCAAAGCUUUGCACUGGUGACUCAUGUCUGCUCCCUGACCUUUGACCUACACAUGAGACCACAAAAGACCCUGCAACCUAGACAAGCGGUAGGCUGUUGUAAUAUGCCUUUAAACCACAUUAUCCAAAAACCUCUUUUUGCCUUACAAGUAUAUUCAACAAGCAUCAAAUAAAGCUCUCAGCACUCAA